CCAUUCAACGUCGUUUCAACGUCAUCAUCUUACGAGAAAGAAUUACACAUUCUCUAACGAUAGUCCUUGGUCUUUGGUCUUUGGUCCUUGGUUCGAACAUUUUCUGUGCCGAGACGGUUCUUUCGCUCCCCGCCUGCACAGGUCGCGCCAGCUUUACCCACCAAAACAAUAAUCCACUCGACCACCAGAAACCAAAACCCCCUCCCGCUGGAAAACCCUCAUUCUACGGCCAACUUCGGCCCCGCAUCGACAAAUUCACAUGUAUCUCGAGUCUCCAUAGUCGUGCGCUUUGCCUCCUUCGCCUACCAUGGAGACGACCAGCGAUGGGUAUCUCCGACGAACCGCUUCCCAGACCUCCAGUCGCUCGACCAAAAGUCGUCAGUCGGGCACCGUCCGUGUAAAACCCCGCCGAUAUGCGUCUAAUGCUUCGCUGAGCGCUGCAACCACCCCGUCGGAUAAGUCCCUGACGUCUUUCCCUUCAUUGUCGCCCGAAGAGCCUGCUCCACUGCACCACCCGGAGCAUCGCAAUGGCCUACUCAAGCGCGUCUGGUCAGGAACUGCUUCUCCCGCCGCAAACCUCAAGGCAUGCAAGUCCUCUCCAUCCAUUGUCGACACCCUGACCGCCACGUCCCCUGCUCUUCGGAGUCGCACGGCUCUCUUCGAUGACACCCCGCUAGACAGCCGCGAAGUCCCCGGUACGCUGCAUCAUGCGAGCGACGAACAUAUUGAACGGCUCAUGGCAAGGACGGGAGCCAUUGCAUUGGUGCGGCAGCUGGCAGGGGAUUUGGCUCAGCGUGAUGCCCAAAUGUCGGCGUUGCGUAGACGCACCGAAGAGCGAGAGAGGGUGCUGCGAAGAAUGUUACGAGAAUGCGAAGUCUCGCAUCUAGACAUUGAAUCGCGCCUUCGAGAGCUCGAGGAACCUCGCCAACGUCUCAGUGAUGCUUCGGCGCUGGAUGCAGCUUCGUCAGCCCACAAGCGGAAGAGCACUGCCGAGACAGUGGCGAGCAUUGAAGGCAGUAUUGACGAAAUGGUCAACCAGGCGAUGAAUGAACAGGUUGGGCACGCCGAAGACCACGACGAUGCUCUGUAUGACGGUCUGGGCAUCAUCAACGGCCGCCCGGACGCGACAUUACGACCAAAGGAUAUUCUCAGGCAUGAGGAACGGCGGCAGCGUGGAGCAGCAUCACCAGGUUUAGACGCAGGAAAGCAAGGAAAUACAAAGGGGUGGAAAAACUACUUUCUGGGCGGAAGCAGUAGCCGGCGAGCGAGCCAGGGAAGCAUUGCUGGCAAUGACGAUGCUUUAUUUAUCAAGCCACGGGCUGUCAGUAGUGGUCAGCGACGGCCGGGACUAAAAGAGGAUCUCUUCCAGCCACCCAAUGCACCGCCUCUUCCCAAGGACAGGACAUCACUUCUUCAUCAGACGCUGGAUCCGGACCCCAAAGAUAAUAGUGAUUGGGACGCGCGAUCACAAAAGUCUUCAACCUCAAUUACUUCCUGGGCAUUAAGGCUCGUUGCCGGCAACUCCCAGGGCAGCCGGGAGCCUGAUCGGCCAAGCUCUGCAAGAGGAAGAGCUGCAACGGUGGCGGAUAGUGCCAGUCAAGGAGCACGAUCGGCAUCUCAGACUUCUACAAACACGACCAACUCUAUGCUCAAUCGACAAAAGUCUCGUGCACAAUUACGAAGACCGACAGCAAUGACAACUAUUGGACCCGGCGGCACAUUGAAGCGCACCUACACCGAAAUACGAGCAAGUGGAAGUGCUCCACCGCCGGUUACGACUGAGGACGAAAUCUCGACUCCUGGAGGUCACUCAGGUCCAGUUGAGAUGGACACGAUCCUGCCAUUGGAAUCGAGGCCUCCCACUUUGAAUCAAACCUACAACCAUUACCAUCCAACAGACUACUUGACGGACCGAUUUGGAUUCAUUUACGAUCAGAGACGCAAGAAGAGACAAGAUGGUGCGGCCGAGGAGUUGAGACAACGCAAACGGAGCAGCGCGGUCGAGACGCUCAGUAACAUGCGAGAUAUCCAAGACGUGUUGAGCGAUGGAGAAGAAGACGAAGAAGAACGGGAAGAGGAAGCAAAUGGACAUGUGAACAGAGUGCACAAUCGAGACCGUGCAGCAAGCGUUAGGGCCGGUGGAUCUCGCCCCGGAUCGCCCGGCUCGACAGAGGAGCAGACCGAGAUUAAGACGCCAAAGAGAUGGCAGGAUUAUCUCAAGCUAGCCACAUUCCCGACAGAGCUGCUGUCGCAUACACCUUCUGCUGGGCCCAUAACGUCGCUGUUGACAGCCGAGAAUGAACCUGCCCCCACUGCUAACAAAUCGGCCUCUUCGAUCACAGUUGACAAGGGUGGCUCUAUGCCGUCUGCGAGCGUCAACCCGGAACCUUCUGCAUCAUCUAUUGUAUCUGGUCAUGCGACAAUUACCCGCUCCUCUGGCUCAGGCGCUGCCUCUCCCGUUCCCGAUGCAAUUGAUUCGAUAGAGCCUGUCAAGCUUUUGCUGGACCAGCUUACCGACCUCCACGACUCGCUGCAACGCGACAAGACUGUUCGAUGGAAUGAGUUUCUUCGUAAAGUGCGCGCCGAGCGUAAACGCGAGGGCAUCGCCGCGGCGACCAACGAAGGCAGCCGCUCGAAGCAGUCCAUGCCCGAAGCAUUCCUCACCGACGGAGAGAUUGUCGGGGUUGCAGGUCUGGGUAACAAAGGCAAAGUCGGUCGCGCGAAAUGGAAGGAAUUCAAGAUGCUUCUGCUCGGCGGGAUUCCCGUUGCAUAUCGCGCCAAGAUCUGGGCCGAGUGCAGCGGAGCGUCGGCCAUGCGUGUCCCCGGGCAAUACGAAGAAUUGGUUCAUUACACGGGCAACGAUGACCCUGUGAUAGUCGCACAGAUUCAAAUGGACAUUCACCGCACCCUCACCGACAACAUCUUCUUCCGCAAAGGUCCUGGUGUGGGGAAACUCAACCAAGUCUUGCUCGCGUACUCACGACGGAACCCCGAGGUCGGCUACUGCCAAGGCAUGAACCUGAUUGCGGCUUGUCUGCUCCUGAUUAUGCCUACCGCGGAAGACGCUUUUUGGAUGUUGACGACAAUGAUUGAGAACAUCUUGCCACAGGGUUACUACGACCAUUCGUUGCUCACGUCUCGCGCGGACCAACAAGUGCUGCGGCAGUACGUCGCCGAAGUCCUGCCCACGCUCUCUGCUCACCUGGAGGACCUGGGUAUCGAGCUUGAAGCGCUCACGUUCCAAUGGUUUUUGUCCGUGUUCACCGACUGUCUUUCCGCCGAAGCCCUCUUUCGACUGUGGGAUAUUGUGCUGUGCACCAAUGACGGGUCGACAUUUUUGUUCCAAGUCGCCUUAGCUUUGCUCAAACUAAACGAGCGCAGCCUGCUCAAAUGUGACACUCCUGCCGGUAUUUACGGAUAUAUUAACCACCAAAUGACCAAUCAUGCCAUUAGUAUCGAUGGUCUCAUUAAUGCCAGCGAAGCGCUCAAGAGGGUCGUCAAGCGCGCCGAUGUCGAGGAGCGAAGACAACGAGUCGUCGAUGCAGAAAAGGAGCUCAUGCGGGAGAGAGAACUAGCGAGGGGACCGAGACCGGGCCCAGAGCAGCCGGACAAAGUUGUCCUCCCGCUCACGACAGGUAUAAGCCAAAGCCAGACUCAAAUCGGAAACAGUCUGUCGUCUGAGCCAGCUAGUCCAACGGACACUCGGUCGAAGAGUCUCCAGACUGAGACAGUGUCGGCGCCCUCGAUCCCAGAGUCUGAGGAAUUACGCGUCCAAAGCCCUGUACCAGUCGACGAUGCAUAGCAUGUCCAUGUGACCAUGCCCUUUUCUCAGCUUAUCUUUGUAGACACUGUUCCAUCUCAACACAGGGUCUGAGUUGC